UGGUCUCUGCUGCAGUUGAUUGAUAUCAAAAAUUACGAUAUGUAUGGCAUAAUUCUUUAUACAUGGGUUCAAACCUUGGUUCAAACAGUGAUUAACGCAAGAUCCUGAAAUAUUUUCUCGUGAAAAAUUGGAUCUAAUAAAUAUGGAAGUUAAAAUGAAUAAGACAUUUGCUACUCAGGAAUUAGAAGUGUAUGAUCCUAAAACACAUGUCUUGGUACCAAAACCUAGUGAAGUAUUGAAAAGAGGAAUUUUUCCAACCACUGUGGAAGUUAAAUCUGAUGAAUCUUCUGUAAAUUUGCUUUAUCAGAUUGUAUAUCCUGAUGAUUUAAACUUAAAACCUGCACCAGUUUCGUUGAAACCAAGAGGAAGACCUAAGAAAUUGAGAGUACCCACAGAUAUCUCCACUGAGAAAUCUAAAAUUAGAGUUGUUGCAAGAACUCGAUCUGGAAGAGCUGUAAAGUUGCCAAAGCAUAUCGAAAACGGAUUUAAAAAAAUUGAAAUAAAUGAUGAUCAAACCACCAAUGGAAAUGAAGAAAUUAAAACAUGUGAUUUUGCUCAGUAUACCGAAAAAUCUCAUGAGGAUAUUGAUAAGCAACCCAUCAUAGAGCAUGUGUCUCUUCAACAGAAUAAACGUAAAAUAUCUGCACAAUAUAGGUGUCCAGGAUGUAAGAAGGCGUACCUAGGAAGAAAUAAAAUUUUAGAGCAUUUAAAAAAGAACCCCUCACACGGUCCAUUACAGAAAGACGAGGAGAAACAUUUUGAAGUUUGGAAUUAUUUAGUUAGUUUAACUCAAAAAACUUCUUCUUCUGAACGGGGAAGAAAGUUCUGUGCUGAGAUAUCAAAUGUAUUACAUAAUUUGUUGCUCCUCGCUAAUGCUUUGUUUAAGAAGGUUGGGAAUGUUACAAGUGAAGUAUCGGUUGAUAAAGUAUUAGGGAAUGCUAUAGGAUUAGUGCCAGGUAAUUAUUAUUUUGAUGAUAGUAAUUUAUAUAGAGAUGUAACAGUAUUGAAAUUGAUAAGCAAUAAUGAUUUUCUAAGCUCUUUAAAGUUUGCAAAUGAUGAUACAUUUGUUGAUAGAAAUUCAGAAACAAACUGCAAAUGUGGGAAAGGUAAUAAUACUACAGAACAAUUAAAUAAAGUUGUACCUGCAGUAAAUCAGGAUGGUAUUAAAGCUGCUAAAGCAAUACAAAUAAAUGACAAUAAUCGCAUGACUGCUGAAGAUAGUCAUUUUCAAAACAACUAUUAUACUCAAGAUACUGGACAAAAUAUUACUGAGAAAGAGCUGGGAAAUCAAAGUAACCAAUCAAGUCAGUGUCCUGAAAUUUAUUUUGACAAUAAUCAUUCAAAUUAUAACAGAUUUGAUAUAGAUAAGUCAUUUCAAAAUGGUGAUUUAUAUUGUAAUAAUCCCAAUUCUGAAUCAAAUAAUUUUAGUCCAGAACCAUUUGAUAUUGGUACAGAAUUUUCAACCAUUAAUACAUUGAGUGAACAUUCAAGUGAAAAAGCACAAUCGAACUAUCCAAAAAUAAAAAUACAAUCUAAUAUUUUAAUUUGUCCACCAAAUUCAAAAUUUGUUCAGAAAUCUUUAAGCAGUAGUAAAAUGCAACCUAAUAAAAACUCUAUUAAUCCAGAUUUCCUUUCUGAGAAUUCAGUUAUAUCUUCAGUACAUAAUUCGGCAGAUGAUUUUAUGUUACCUGUGUCUGUAGUUUCUAAUCCUAUUUUAGAUAAUUCAAGUAGUUCUGAUGAUGUUAUGAAUGUAGACCAAUUUGUUAAUGAAAGAUUUAAAAAAAUUACAGAACCAGAGGCUGAUAUAGCAAAUAACUCUUUGAAUCUGGUCUUGCCAAAUUUAGAUUUAUUUCAGUUUCAUAACAGCUAGGUAUUCAUUUCCAUAUCUGUAUACAGCAAUUUACUAAUUUAAUUGGGCUGUGUUUUUUUUAUUUUAGAAUUACAUAUUAUAUAGAUAAACAUUUUCUCAAUUAUUAAAUUAUUCUAAUUUUGAAAACUCAACUUUAUUAUAUCAGUGAUAACGUUGAAACAACUAUUACUCUGAAGACACUGUACAAAAUAUUACUGAGAAAGCGCUUGGAAAUUAAAGUAAUCAAUCAAGUCAACGUCCUGAAAUGUAUUUUGACAAUAAUCAUUCAAAUUAUAUCAGAUUUGAUACAGUAAAGUAAUUUCAUAAUGGUGCUAUACAGGGUUGUUCACCACAUACGACACGGAGUAUU